GAGGAGGAGGAGGAGGAAAGGGGGGGAGAAGCGAGGUUAAAGAAAACUGAAGAAAGAAAGACGAGAGGCAAAAGAUUAACACCGUGUCUGAGUAGGAAAGGGGGAGGAAGUCUGAGAAGGCAGGGCAGGGUGACAGCGGGGUGAGUGUUAAAGGGAGAGCAGGACAGAGGCCGGGAGAGACUGAAGGUGAAGGAGGCUCACGGGUGAGGUUCGCAGGAGGGGUGAGGUAUGAGGGGACAGCUCCUGAAGUCACUCUUCUCUCUGAUGGUCACCCUCUUCUGCCUGGGGAGUCUGCUCACCUCGCUCGUCUGGUUCAUGUUCGACAACACUAAUGUGGAUCCUCAACGACCGCCUCCUCAGAAGAAAAAUGCCCCUCAGCCCCCUGAUCUUUGCAAAGGCUGCAGAGAGGUCAUCGACAAAGUAAUGGUGCGUCACUCUCAAGCCUGGAAGAGGCAGGAGGACAAUUACCAAAAAUUCAGAUCUCAGCUGAGCAAUAAGUGCAAUGGAUUCAACAAGGCCAUAAUUACCCAGACCAACACUCCAGUGGGAUCCAAGCUUGUUUACGACGGGGAGAAGAAGAGAACUCUGCAGGUGACUCCAGAGAUCUUCAGCACCUUUAUCAAGGAGCAUCCUUUCUCAAAUAAAACAUGGGACACUUGUGCCGUCGUUGGAAACGGUGGGAUCCUGACCAACAGCAGCUGUGGAAAAAUGAUCGACUCGGCUCAGUUUGUCAUCAGGUGCAACCUCCCCCCUUUGGCAAACGGAUACGAGAAACAUGUUGGCAUCAAAACUGACCUUGUGACGGCAAACCCGAGCAUCCUCUACGAGAAGUACGGGGCUCUGAUGGGCCGCCGCCGUCCAUUUGUGGAGAGUCUGCACAGCUAUGGAAACUCCCUGCUGCUUCUUCCCGCCUUUUCCUUUGGCCACAACACUCCUGUGUCUCUGCGGGCCGUGUACACCAUCGAGGAUUUUCAGAUCCCCACUCGACCCGCCUUCUUCAACCCAGAGUAUCUCGAGAGUUUGGCCCUGUUCUGGCGCUCUCAGGGCGUGAGAGCAGUGCGGCUGAGCACUGGCAUCAUGAUGGCCAGCCUGGCGCUGGAGCUCUGCAACAACGUUCAUCUGUACGGGUUCUGGCCCUUCAGCACCCACCCGUAUGGCCUCCAUGCCCUGACCAACCACUACUACGACAACAGACAAUCUAAAAGCAAAUACCACGCCAUGCCAGCUGAAUUUGAGCUCCUGCUGCGGCUGCACAGUCAAGGCAUUCUUAGGCUUCACCUGGGAGACUGCCAACCAGGUGGAAAGUAGUUCCCAGGAACAAACAACACCACAGCAAUAAAGUGCCUUCUUUUUAGCCUCAGGAUGAAGCCAGUCACUCAGACGUUUCAAAUGAAUGAACUCGAUUUAUUUCAACUGAUGGAAUGGAUCGAGUUUGUUCACCUGGUUACUCAUCAGCAGUCAAAACGUUUGCACUGAAACCUAAAUGCAACAAUUAGAAGACUGUCUGCAGUCUUGCAGUGGAUCUACAACUCUAUUUAUUACCACAAAUGUUCCAGCUGGAGUCUGGAGGGAAUUAUUUAGAUUUUACUGGGAUGCCUUUGUGAGGCCUUUGUUAGGCUCUACAUCGUAGUGCCUUAUGUCAACACUUACUAAUGAUAGCUUUUGGAUUAAACUGAAUGUAUUUUGAAGGAAAUCAAAUACCUCCUUUCCAUGAAGAUUGUCUGUCUAACGAAAACACCAGCACAGUGAAUGUUAAAACCCAUGAAACACAUUUAACCACUUUGAGGAAAUAUUCUGCAGAGGGUAAAUGUUUGGUACUCACUUAAAUCGCGCCAAUGUGCUGGUUGUGGAUGCUGAUCUCUGUACUGUUGUAUUCACUGAGGCUGCUGGCUGUGAUGCAGAUUUUCGUUAAAGCGUCAUGUCCAAGUAGCCUCAAAUACAAACCGCCAUGGACUGUGGAGCCAAGGAUUUAACAGAGACGCCACAGAAAGAAAGUGGAAUUAAAAAACAAGUAAAAGCAUCCAGGGGGCCUCUGCUCACAAAGGUUGUUAUGGUGAGCUUGUGUUACUAUGUGCUUCGCCUUGUCGCCACAGUGACCGCACAGGGGAAGGUACUGUACUGCCACAAAGUGGUAAAAUACACAUGUUGGUACAAUGUUAGUCUGGAAACAAGUUCUUGAUAAGCUUAUGUUACAUGAAUGCAGAUUUAACUGACUCUAAUGUAAGGAGAUUGUGCACUUUGGGGGAAAAUUAUAGCGCUUUUUUUUUAUUUUACACAAGACCUGGGUGGGUCUUGUGUAAAUGGGAGUCAUGCUGACAACAUUAGAGUCUUAAUAGUGAAUUUUGUGAUGCAGAAAUAAAUAAUGUACAAGCUGUAGAUGACCAAACUUGACAACUCUUGGUGAGCCAACUGUAGAAUCAUGUGAAUGUUUGAGAUUUUGUUUUGGGGUUUUUCUUUUUGUUUUAUUUUCUUGAAAAGCACAAGGUGAGAAGGAAAAAUGAAGAUACGGUGAAUAAAUAUUUAUGUGAAACGGUUA